CUCGCAGAGGAGCCUCAAGGAAGGACUACGCCUCCCAGGAGGCUCUGCGCUGACCGUCUCCGGCCUCCCGACAGGCUCCGCGUGCUUUACGCGCCAGCUUUGGCCUUAGCCAGCGAGUGGCAGAAUCGCGGCCGAGGAUGGAGAGCGGCGACGAAGCGGCCGUCGAGAAAUGCCGAAUCCACUUGCGCCCCGGCACGCUGCGCGACUCACCUCCCGCCACGUUGCACCUUCUGCCCUGCGAGGUUCUGGUUAGCCGGCCUGCCCCCGUGGGGCGCUUCUUCACCCCAGCCAUCCGCCAGGGUCCCGACGGACUGGAAGUGUCGUUUCGGGGCCGCAAACUACGCGGCGAGGAGGUGGUGGUGCCGCCCGGCCUCGUGGGCUACGUGAUGGAAGAAAAGGGAGAGGUGUUGGUGGGGAAGGGCUCCUCGGAGGGUUCGUCGAAUGACAACGAGCAAGAGCAGCAGGAGCUGGUGGAACCCCCAGAGCCGCUGGAGCGGGACUUUGACCGCUUCAUUGGAGCCACCGCUAGUUUCAGUGGCUUCACGCUGUGGGGCCUGGAGACCAUCCCCGGUCCGGAUGCCAAAGUGCGCGGGGCCCUAACCUGGCCCAGUCUCGCUGCCGCGGAACUCCUGGCCCCUCCCCAGUGAAUUUCCACCUGUCCUCAAGAACUGCCUGGAAUGGGUGCUUGUGGUGCACCGGUCUGCUCCUGCUGGGGAGAACUGAGCACAUCUUGGUGACCUUGACCAUAACCUGUCUCCACUGAGGUCUGAGCUCCCAAGCUUAGAUGCAUUUUAAGUAUCUGCCUGCUCUACCAGACAGAGGGCUUCCUGGGGAUGUGCCACCGUCCAGCAUCAUUCUACUAAUAAAAUUCCUCAAAUGGACCACGACCUGGAUUAAGUCAAGCCUCUGUGUCUUCACCAAACAGCUAAUGCUCCCUCCUGUCUCCCAGGUCAGAGCUUGGUUAUCCCAAGGAUUCAGUGAGUAGAGAGUUGAAUGGAGUGGAGAUAAGAUACUGGGAAGCAGAAGGGGGCCUUGCAGCUGGAGGAACAGGGAAGAGUUCAUGUAUUACGAGGGACAGAGUCCCUUCUGGGCUUUAAAGAGACUGAUCUGCCUGAAUCCAAGAAGCAGAGGCCAAAUCCACACAAAAAUUUGCUGAGUUAACACCAUUUUGAUGUUUGAUGACAUUCUGAUCAUCUGUCUGCAAGGCUCAGGCAACAACUAGGGAAACGGAGGCACCGGUCCUCACCU